AUGCAAAGAUACGACGAGAAGCCGUGGGCUGCAACAAAGCAUCCGAAAAUAAAAUGGGAGAGGGGAAUAUUCUAUGGAUCAAUUGGAAUAGGUGUCGUAAUUGGAGCGAUUAUCUGUUACAUGGCUUAUGCCAGUUACUGUCUGAUCCUGGACGAUGAGUUCAAAUCAAUCGAUAAAAACAUCUGGAAUUUCGAGAUUCAGAGAGGUGGCUUCGGGAGCGGGACUUUUGAAUGGACUACCGACGACCCAAAAAAUGCUUACACCGAUGCUGAAGGCUUGCACAUUGUUCCAACUUUGACCACGGAGACCACAAAGAUUACCAAGGAUCAAUUAAUCGAUAACUUCGUUCUCAACUUAACUACCGAUGGAACCUGUACUACACAAGGCAUCGAAGAGUGCUCGAUCCGAAGCAAUAAGACUGCGGGGACCAUCAUCAACCCCAUUCGUAGUGCUCGCCUGUCCACCAAGGGGAAACGAUCGAUUACAUAUGGGAAGGUCGAGGUUGUUGCAAAGAUGCCACAAGGUAAUUGGUUGUGGCCUGCUAUCUGGAUGAUGCCGGAGAAAGACACAUAUGGCAAAUGGCCAGCCUCGGGUGAGAUUGAUAUUGCGGAGAGCAGAGGCAACUUUGGGGAUGAUUAUCCCAGCGGGGGAAGGGAUGCUCUCAUUGGUGCCCUUCAUUGGGGACCCGUGCCGGAAGCGGAUGCCUUCUACAAGACCUCCGGGUUACAUCGUGUUCGCCGAACGGAUUAUUCGAAGUCGUUUCAUACCUUUGGCGUUGAGUGGAGUGAAGACUAUCUCUUCACAUAUAUUGAUUCGAGGCUUUUGCAAGUCUUUUUCAUCAAGUUCAACAAGUACAAAAGCAUGUGGGAUCGUGGCGGUUUCGGAGAAACCAUAGUAAACCAUUCUGCGCUUUUCGACCCGUGGUCUCAGACAAACCGGGCCAGCACCCCCUUUGACCACCCUUUCUACUUAAUCCUCAACGUUGCGGUCGGUGGUACAAAUGGAUUCUUUCCAGACGGCGUUGGGAAUAAGCCGUGGGGAGACAAGAGCCCCACGGCCCCAAAGGAGUUUUGGGAUGGUCAAUCCUCGUGGUACUCGACGUGGGGCGAAGGCGAAAAGCGAGGUCUCACGGUGAAGAGUGUGAAGAUGUGGAAGCAGGGAGGGUGCUAG